AUGAAGCCUGCAUUACUUACCCUCUCCUUCUUCCUCUUUGCCUUAAUCACCAACCUUCCAUUAGCCUUCUCAUCACAAGUUGUUGAACAAGUUCUGGACACAAAUGGAAAACCCAUUUUUCCAGGUGGAAAGUACUACAUUCUGCCAGCUAUCUUUGGUGCAGCAGGUGGUGGAGUAAGACUUGGCAAAACUGGGAACUCAAAGUGCCCAGUUACUGUAUUGCAAGAUUAUUCUGAGGUUAUCAAUGGCUUGCCAGUGAAAUUCAGCAUACCAGGAAUAAGCCCUGGUAUUAUUUUUACAGGCACACCAUUGGAUAUUGCAUUUGAAAAGAAGCCUAAUUGUGCUGAAUCAUCAAAAUGGUUGGUUGUUAUUGAUGAUUUCCCUAGAGAAUGGGUAGGUAUUGGUGGUUUUGAAGACCAUCCAGGAAAGCAGAUCCUACAUGGUACCUUCCAUAUUCAGAAAUAUGGUUUCGGAUACAAGCUUGUGUUCUGUCCCAAAAACACUGCCCCUCCUGGUCUUUGUUUUGAUAUUGGGAGGUACAAUGAUGAGAAAGGAAGGCGUCUAAUCCUGAUCACUGAUGAUAAUGAUCCCUUUCAAGUUGUGUUCGUAGAUGCUGAUGACACUGGAUUAAGCUCCGUAGUUUGA